AUGUCGCAUCUCAUCAACCCGCUCGCGACGGCGUCCCAGCUGUACCACCGCUCCUCCUUCUCCAGUCUACCUCAGGAUCUCCAGGACGCCAUCUUCAUCGCCACUCAAUGCCUCACCCAGGCCGCCGGCCGCCUCCUCGAGCUCCCUCAGUCCGUGACUGCGCAGGCCAACGUCAUCCUGGCACGAUACUGGCUUGUCGACUCCCCCACGGCCAACGAGUUUAGUGACGCCUCCGCUGCCGCCCUCUAUCUUGUGUCCAAAAUGGGAUCGCAGCCUCGGUCGACACGCGACUUGUCCACCGUCUACGCCUACCUGCUAUCGGAAAACUCAUCAUUUCCGCUCCCCCGAGACGCGCCCAGAAAUGUUCCCAAGUCGUACUACGUGUCCGAAGCCGACUACUUCAAUUUCCAAAAUCGACUCCUUGCCAUCGAAGCCCGCAUCCUUUACACACUCUCCUUCGACACCCAUGUCUCUCUCCCCCAUCCUCUGGCCAUCACCUAUCUCCAAACGCUGGAAUUUCUCGCCCAGCCCAAGUCCACAAUUUCUCUCCGUACUAUUCAGUACCUCAAUACGGCGUUGCUAUCGCCACAGAUGCUGUUUCUUACCCAUCAACCACAUGCACUAGCAACAGCCGCCAUUUACAAUGCUGCUCGAGAUGCCGGCGCCAAGAUGCCCGAAUGCGAGUGGUGGGAGGUCUUUGAUGUCGACAGGGAAGAGUUGGGAUUUCUGGUAGUAGCCAUGCGCAGCGUUGAGAACUGCUUGCGCAAACAAAAUGAUGACAUGCCUCACCUCGCACGAGGUAUGCUUACCCGGGCGGCCGUGGAGAGUGAGAUGCAAAAGAGGGGGCUGCGUGCUGGCAAUGGCACCACGGAUAUCGACGAAGAGCAACAUAUCAUGAAUAUGAUGGACAGCAAGUAG